UGUAAGGCUUUCAGUCAUAAGUCACAGCUCAUAAAACACUGGAAAACUCAAAAACAAGAGAAACAGUAUGACUGCAGUGGCUGUGGGAAAGCCUUUUCCCAGAAGUUGGACCUCUUUAAGCAUCAAAGAAAACAAACAGGAGAGAAGCCCUAUGGAUGCAGUAGAUGUCAGACAGCCUUCAGCCAGAAGUUCUGUCUCAUUUUACACGAGAGAACCCAUAAAGGAGAGAAACCUUAUGAGUGCAAUAAAUGUGGGAAAGCUUUUACUGAUAAGUCAUGCCUUAAUAAACAUCAAAGAACUCACACAGGAGAGAAAUGCUUUGAGUGUUGUACAUGUCAAAAAGGUUUUAGUGAUAAGUCAAAACUCACUUUCCAUCAAAGAAGUCAUACUGAAGAGAAACCCUAUGGAUGCAGCAAAUGUCAGAAAAGCUUCAGCAAUAAGUCACAGCUCAUGAUCCAUCAGAGAGCUCACACAGGAGAGAAACCCUAUGGUUGUGAUGAGUGCAGGAAAACAUUCCCCCUUAAGUUUAACCUCAUUUUACAUCAAAAAAUCCAUACCAGGGAAAAAUCAUAUGGGUGUAAUGAAUGUGGGAAAGCCUUCAUCCAGAGAUCUGAGCUCAGUAGACAUCAGAGAACUCACACAGGAGAGAAACCAUAUCACUGCAGUGAAUGUGGAAAAGGCUUUAGUGUAAAGUCAUUCCUCAAUAUUCACUGGAGAACUCAUACGGGAGAGAAACCCUAUGGAUGCAACGAAUGUGGGAAAAUGUUCUCCAUCAAGUUUAGUCUCAUCCUACACCAAAGAACUCAUACAGGGGAAAAACCCUAUGAAUGAAGUCAGUGUCAGAAGACUUUUAGCCAAAAGUCACACCUGAAUAUUCAUCAGCGGUCUCACACUGGAGAGAAACCUUAUGAAUGUGGAGAAUGUCACAAAGCCUUCAGCCGGAAGUCCUAUCUCCUGAUACAUCAGAGAAUUCACUCGGGAGAGAAGCCUUACGAAUGCCUUGAGUGCGGGAAGACUUUCUCUCAUAAGUUUAGUCUCACCACUCAUCAGAGAGUCCAUACAGGAGAGAAACCCUAUGGAUGUAGUGAAUGUGGGAAAACUUUCCCCAUCAAGUUUAGCCUGGUUUUACAUCAGAAAACACAUAUAGGAGAAAAACCCCAUGAAUGCAGCAAAUGUCAGAAAUCUUUUGCCCAGAAGUCACAUCAUAUUAUACAUCAAAGAAUGCAUAUAGGUGAGAAACCUUAUGAAUGCACUGAAUGUUGGAAAACCUUCUCCCACAAGUUCAGCCUCAUUCUACAUCAGAAAACACACAAAGGAGAGAAAUCAUAA